AUGGGAAACUCCUCUGGCGACAAAAGCUGUACGUGGGCACUGGUCCUCUGGUCGCGAGCUUAUGGCUGAUGACAAUUCUAGGCCCGAUUCCCGAUGAAGCCAACGAGUUCAAAGGCGAUGGCAGCUCACACACGGUCAUGCUCUGGAUUGCGGCCAUAGCAACAGCCGUCACACUCGCCAUCUGUGUUUCGCUCAUCUUUGCUCACCUUCGCCGAUAUCGAUGUCCAAAGGAGCAGCGACAGAUCAUCCGCAUUACCUUCGCACCGUUUAUAUUCGCUCUCGUAUGCUUCUUCGAGAUCCUCAGCUACGACAUCGCGCCCUACAUCGAUCCACUCGGCGACCUUUAUGAAGCCUUCGGAUUGUGCGCCUUAUUCUUGCUUUACAUCCAGUUCUGUGUCCCGGGCGGUACCUUUGACGAGCAGACUUUCGAUGCUGUAAAGGCAUCCGAUGAAGGCACCAAGGCAAGCUUCGAUUGGCCACGCAUCACCUGGAUCUUCGUCUUCCAAUAUCCAAUCGUGGAAGUACUCUCAAUCGUCAUCCUGGAAGCAACUGAAGCGGCAGGCACAUAUUGCGUUCGGUCUUUGAAUCCAAAGUAUGGGCACUUGUGGGAGAUGAUUAUAUCUUCGAUUGGCGUGGGAGCAGCAGUCCUCGCGAUCCUCCGAUUUUACGGUCGUAUGAAGAAUCGAAUGAAGGUCCGACGAGGGUUAUCGAAGCUUGUAUGCUUCAAACUAAUCGUUGGUAUUCGAUUCCUCCAAUCGGUAAGAUCCUCUUAAUGCCUCGCAGCUGAGCCAAGCUAACAUUUGCUCUGCAGACCAUAUUUAGCAUUCUCCUCGGCCACGAUAUUGUCAAGCCAAGCAGCACUUUCUCCUACGACGAUCUCCUUUACGGCCUCCCGAGCCUUCUGACAUGCUGUGAAAUGGUUUUCUUGUCGCUAGGAUUCUGGUACGCGUACUCUUCGACAGAAUAUGGCUCUUCGCAGAAACCUACGCAUACUCGUCUUCCAGUGUGGAGGGCCGUGCUGGACGCUAUAAAUCCAUGGGACCUGAUGGCUGGUAUCGGACGAAUGUUUGGUAUCAUUCUUCACUUGAGUAGGACCGGAGGCUUCCAGGCCUGGGGCCAGGCACGAGCACAAGCAGAAACAGACAAGAGGGCGGGCAAGGCGCAAGCUAGGCGUGCACAAGGACGGUAUCAAACAAUCGACGGGAUGGAGUCGUUGUCGCGUCCAGAUGCCGCGCACGGAACACAGUUCGAGAAUCCAUUGUAUCCCAUGGUUGGUCAGCCACCGCCUGACUCACCGCCGCGGUACGACGAUCCGACACAGGCUCACCUCAUGCCAGAUUCGCGAAAGGCGCGAAGUCCAUCUCCAAGUGGCAGGGUGUGGGACGGGCAGAGAUAUGACCGGACGCCGUCGCCGUCGGGCAGAUAUGUCGAUACCAGGGAUAUGGUCUAG